AUGAAGGUCUCAAGAUCAAAGACUGAGUAUAUGUGCCUGAAUGGGACAUCAACUGGGAGUGUGGAAAUGUUGCAGAGACAGUUACCAGAAACAAUGGCAUUUAAGUACCUGGGAAGUACACUUGAGACAGAUGGAGGAGUCGGGGCAGAAGUAAACCGAAGGAUACAAUGUGGAUGGAACAACUGGAAGAAGAUGUCUGGUAUCCUCUGCGACAAAAGUAUACCAUCGAUGGUGAAAGGCAGGAUCCACAUGGUAAUCCAACCAGCGAUGCUAUUUGGUAUGGAAACGGUACCCCUGAGUACCCGUAACACCGAGAGACUAGAAGUGGCAGAAAUGAAAAUGUGCAGAUGGGCAUGUGGCCACACACUGAAAGAUCACGGGAGGAACAAAGUGAUUCGAGAAAAAUUUGGAAUCACGCACAUUACAGAACAGUUCAGGAAUGCCCGACUAAGGUGGUUUGGUCAUGUGAAAAGAAGAGACGAGGAGUAUGCUGGGCGCAGAGUGCUAGAGAUGGCACCACCAGCAAGAAGGCGAAAAGGAAAGCCGAAAUUGAGAUGGAUGGACUGCCUGAGAAAAGCCCUGGAAGAGAUAGAAGCAACAGAGGAAGACGCACUGGACCGGGAAACCUGGAGGAAGAGGAGAGCUGCAGCGACCCUGUAA